GUGUUACUGUGUACAUACUGUCUCGAGACCGCCCGUGAAGCGGAAUGGACGAGAAGAAACAUUUGGGGCCAUUGGCGCCGCGACCCCGCUGUAGCAUGGCGCUAAGCACUGCCCCUGUCGCGCCGUAAAUCAAGCAAUCAGUUCCAUGCUCUGCGGCUGUUGCCAGAGCGGGACGGCAAUCCUGUAAUCUGUAAUUGGAAGUAAACACAGAUCUCCCUCCCGUGCCACAAUUGACCCAUUUAUCGCUGUUGACUUUCUACUCUCUUACCAACUAGAGCAGCAUCAUCGUCCGCAGAAGAACAUUUUGGCCGCCACUGCGCCCGUCACAGUCCGAUAUUCGCCAGCUUCAGCUUGUAUCGUUCAGGAACAUCUUUUCGAGAGCCCAGGUCCCCGGAUCUCGCCAUGAGCUCCUUUCUUACGACCGUCAACAACCGGACGAAGAAUCAGUUCCGACCCCGAGUGCCCGGUAAAGGUGGGGCUACGAGCUACCAGCUUCGCCAGUAUGCGGAGGCCACACUAGGCGGAGGGAGCUUGCGCAAGGUGGUGAAGCUCCCGGAGGGUGAAGAUGAGAACGAAUGGUUGGCCGUCAACAUGGUGGAUUUCUACAACCAGAUCAACCUCCUCUAUGGCGCCAUCACAGAGUUCUGCUCCCCUCAAUCAUGCCCGGAGAUGAAGGCCACCGACGAGUUCGAAUACCUGUGGCAGGACUCCGAGAACUACAAGCGGCCGACCAAGAUGCCCGCGCCGGCAUACAUCGAGCAGUUGAUGUCCUGGGUCCAGGGCAACAUCGACAACGAGGCGGUUCUCCCCAGCCGUAUCGGCGUGCCAUUCCCCAAGUCGUUCCCGGCCCUGGUGCGCCAGAUCUUCAAACGCAUGUACCGCGUCUACGCCCACAUUUACUGCCACCACUACCCCGUUAUCCGCGAGCUGGGACUCGAGCCACAUCUCAACACCAGCUUCAAACAGUAUGUGCUCUUCAUUGAUGAGCACAACCUCGCUAGCGGGAAGGACUAUUGGGGUCCACUGGGCGAUCUGGUGGACAGCAUGCUGCGUAGCGACUAGACCGCAUACUCUUUCUUCUUUCGAGAUACUCGGCGAAUUGUUGAGUUUCUUUGCAUGGCGGCGUUUGGUUGGACUUGGCCGGUACAGGAUUUGUUUGGUGGCAGAACCAGGGUUAGGAUGAGGGUUUUGUAUGGCAGAGCAUGCGGGAUCGUGAUACUUUGGGGUUCCGGUUGGGAAAUUGCAUGCGAUGCGGAGCCACGGAGUCUCUGGGAAAGCGGGCUUCCUGUAGAGAUUACUGUGAAGAAAUACUGAAGUACUGUUGAGUUGG